GAUCUUGCUUGCUGUGCAACCUGCUGUAGUGCGGACUGCUGAUCUGUUGUCUUUUUUUUUUUUUUUAUUCUUUUUUUAGUUUGUAGGCGUGUAGAAGUGAAACAAAACGUGUGUACUCCACCUGUCAGUAUCAGUUUCAUAUAAUUUUAUGGAACAAGCGUAACAGCUGCAUAGCUUUUGUUUUAUUGUAAUUUUUAGUCGUACUGUUUUUAAUUUUCCUGUUCCUUCAUGCUGCUAUUUGGCAUGAGCUCCCGACCUCUGUUGAUCGUCUUCAGAUACACUGUUGUUGUUUUGAGAAGCAAGCAUUAUCGGCAUAUACCUGGAAAAUUUUUGGAGAAUGUGCUUCCUUGGUUGAAGGCGAGGCCCCGGCUGAUUCAUAGCUUUGUGCCUUCAGUAUUUUUGCUGCACAGUUUCACUCUGUUCAAGAUGAGUGAAGAUGAACGAGUGAAGCAAGAGGUUGAUUGCUUGCACAAGUCAGAAGAGCACAAAGCAGCUUAUGACAUUCUUAUCAAAUAUAAGGACAGCAAGGAUCCUGAGAUGCUAUGGCGUGUGGCAAGAGUAAUCUUCAAGUGCCAAGAACAUGGUGAAAAGAAGGAUAAGGAGGCUGCUAUUAAUGAAGCAUUGUCUUAUUUGGAUAAGGCUCUAUCUUUUGGAGGUGGAAAUAUUGGCCAGCUGCAUAAGUGGUAUGCAGCUUUGCUCGGAUCAAGAGAGCAGCAUCAUUCCCUCAAGGAAAAAAUUCAGGAGGCUCACAGCAUUCGUGAUCAUAUCACGAAAGCUGUUCAAUUGACACCAUCAGAUCCUUCCAGUUUUCACAUUCUUGGCAAGUGGUGCUUCGAAGUUGCAGCUGUUCCCUGGUAUACUAGGAAAGCAGCCAAGAUGCUUGUAGCAGAACUUCCGAUGUCAACAUAUGAAGAAGCGCUCAAGAACUUUAUGAAGGCAGAGGAAUUGCAGCCAAAUUUUUACAGCCGGAACACACUCAUGAUAGGAAAGGUGUUGCUCGAGAUGAAUAAGCGAGCAGAGGGUGUUCAGUAUCUACGUAAAGCUCGUGAUUACCAACCUAAAGUAACCGUGGACGACGAGCUGGUGUCAGAAGAAGCAAAAAAACUCUUGGAAAAUGUUGGAGAGUCUUGAUUGUCAGAAGACUCUUGGGCUGGAACCGUUGUUCGUCCAAAGGAAAAUGACAAAUAGAACUGUUUAUGCAGCAUGCUGAACUGUACUAAUCCAAAAAGACGGGACAAGUUUUCCAGAGCUUCUUUUAAUAACAAUAUUUUUCUCAUCUCCACAGAUCUCCACAGUUAUUGCUAAGGUCAGCUUCUUUUUUUUUUUUCUUUCGUGGUACACUCCUGUACACAUCUACAGAAUGGACAUGGAAAAGCAAUGUAAAAAAUAAAUAGUACUGUACAGUGA